GUGAAGAGAGGUGCUGUGAGGAUGUGGUCCCCGGGCUUACUUUCAGCCCAGUGUCUCCUCACUGUCACGCUGCUGGCCUGUCUGCUGUUCUGGCUCAGGAAGAGAGGUCAAGGUGGUGAUGACCCCUCGGCUUCUGAAUGUGAAAGUGAGACGUCCUCGAGCUCUGAUCCAGCGGGGGAUGCUGCCAGCUUCAGUUCCAGGACCAUGGCACAACCGACUCCCAUUGACCCCACCAAGAUGGGAGAGGGUCGGGCCAUUGCUGUGCUGACUUCUGGAGGCGAUGCCCAGGGUAUGAAUGCAGCUGUGAGGGCCACAGUUCGAGUAGGAAUUUAUACAGGAGCCAAGGUGUACUUUGUCCAUGAGGGUUACCAGGGUCUGGUCGAUGGAGGAGACAAUAUCCGCCUUGCUACCUGGGAGAGUGUGUCGAUGAUGCUACAGCUGGGUGGGACUGUGAUUGGUAGUGCCCGCUGUCAGGAUUUCCGCACCAAGGAGGGACGCACUAAGGCUGCUUACAACUUAGUCAAGCUUGGCAUCACCAACCUGUGUGUGAUCGGAGGUGAUGGCAGUCUGACGGGAGCCAAUCAGUUCAGAACAGAGUGGCGCGAGCUGCUGGCAGACCUGGUCAAAGCUGGUAAGAUCACAGCAAAUGAGGCCAAGAAUUCCUCCCAUCUCAACAUCGUCGGCAUGGUGGGCUCCAUUGACAAUGACUUCUGUGGCACCGACAUGACCAUCGGGACAGACUCUGCCCUGCAUCGGAUCAUAGAGAUAGUGGACGCUAUCACCACCACAGCACAGAGUCACCAGAGGACCUUCAUCUUAGAAGUAAUGGGCAGGCACUGUGGUUACUUGGCCUUGGUGACAGCUCUGGCCUGUGGCGCCGACUGGGUGUUCAUCCCAGAGAUGCCACCAGAUGAGGGAUGGGAGGAACAUCUGUGCAGAAGACUGAUGGAUCAAAGAGGCCGUGGAUCCCGUUUGAAUAUUAUCAUUAUUGCAGAGGGAGCAAUGGACCGCCAGGGUAAACCUAUCACAUGUGAACAAGUUAAACUGCUGGUAUCAAAGAGGCUCGGCUUUGACACCCGCACCACCAUCUUGGGACAUGUCCAGAGAGGAGGAACCCCAUCUGCCUUUGACAGAAUCCUGGCUAGCAGGAUGGGUGUGGAAGCUGUCAUGGCUCUGUUGGAGGCCACACCAGAAACUCCUGCAUGUGUGGUCAGCUUGUCUGGCAACAUGGCUGUCAGGCUGCCUCUCAUGGAGUGCGUGCAAGUGACUAAAGAUGUCACCACAGCCAUGGCUGAAGGGAGAUUUGACGAUGCAGUGAAGCUUAGGGGAAAGAGCUUUGAAAACAACUGGAACACAUACAGAAUGCUGGCUCACGUGCACCUCCCAGAUACAAAGAGUAACAUCAACAUUGCCAUAUUGAACGUUGGAGCUCCGUGUGCGGGAAUGAAUGCUGUUGUUCGCUCAGCUGUCAGGAUAGGGAUCCUCCAGGGCCACCAGAUGCUGGCAGUGCAUGACGGCUUCGACGGCUUGGCCAGUGGAUUGAUUGAGCCCAUUGGUUGGUCUGGAGUGGCAGGAUGGACUGGAAAGGGAGGCUCCCUGCUGGGCACAAAGAGAUCUCUGCCACAUGAAUUCAUGGAAGAGAUCAGUCUGAGCAUCACAAAGUUCAACAUUCAUGCUCUAGUCAUCAUUGGAGGCUUUGAGGCAUUUGUUGGUGGUCUGGAGAUGGUGCAGGCUAGAGAGAAGUAUGAGGAACUCUGUAUUCCCCUUGUUGUUGUUCCUGCUACUGUCUCCAACAACGUUCCUGGAUCCGACUUCAGUGUUGGUGCUGAUACUGCACUCAAUACUAUAACCAUGACAUGUGACAGGAUCAAACAAUCUGCUGCUGGCACAAAGAGACGAGUGUUCAUUGUUGAGACUAUGGGAGGACACUGUGGCUACUUGGCAACCAUGGCUGCCCUGGCAGCUGGAGCCGAUGCUGCUUACAUUUUUGAGGAACCGUUCAACAUUCAUGAAUUAGAGAUGAAUGUGGAACACCUGGUGGAGAAGAUGAAGACCACAGUGAAGAGAGGACUGAUUCUGAGAAAUGAAAAAUCCAAUGCCAACUACACCACUGACUUUAUCUUCAACCUAUAUGCAGAGGAAGGCAAGGGUGUGUUUGACUGCAGGAAGAAUGUACUUGGACAUAUGCAGCAGGGUGGAACACCAAGUCCCUUUGACAGGAAUUUUGGCACCAAGAUGGGGAUCAAGUCUGUGUUAUGGUUGACUGACAAGCUGAAGGAAUGCUACAGACAUGGUCGUAUCUUUGCCAACUCUCAGGAUUCAGCCUGUGUGCUGGGAAUGAGGAGGAGAUCUUUGGUCUUCCAGCCCCUGGCAGAACUUAAAGAACAAACGGACUUUGAACACCGUAUUCCAGUGACACAGUGGUGGCUAAAACUGAGACCCAUCCUGAAAGUCCUAGCCAAGUACAAGAUCAGUCUGGACACCAGUGAAAAGACUGCAAUGGAACAUGUCAUCAAGAAGAGAGGCGUAGUUUCUCAGUAGCUUCUCUUGUCAUUAUUCUCACCUUCAGGACCCAAGAUGACCUGAAUGCCUUCUGUUUAGAACACUUUGUCAACUCUGUCUCUGAAAAGUGCAAUAUAAAUAAAGAUGAUCUAACACCCA